AUGGCACAGUCCGGGGUCGUUGGACGGCGCUGGGGACGGGACGAUUGGCCCGUGGUUCGAGAUGCUGUGGUUGCGUUUUUGUCUAGGAAAACAUUUGUUGGCUCUGCCGCGAUCAUCCCUGCACAUGGUCGUCAUCUACGAAUUGCCGUCUCUUGCGUCCUCCCAAAGUAUUUGCUUUGGCUCUCUUUGUUUGGCCACGUUUGCUGCAACGCUCUUCCCUUCAUCAUGUUCGUCCGGUGUCCGGACGGUGUGGCAGCACGGAAAGCACAUGUUGAGCGUCACACGCGCAGCCUCAGCGGUUAUAGCAGCGCGGUGUUGGCCCCAUACCACACGGCGGUCGUUGUAUCGUGCGCUCGAUGUGCUGUUCGAUGUGCCGUUCGAUGUGCUCCGUUCGAGGCCUAG